AUGGUUUUGGAAGCUGGUUCAAAUCCGAUAAAAACAAUUAAACACCCUGGGGAAUUCGAUACAAUGUUGAAAACAGUUUUAUAUCCUAAAGACUUCGAUUCAGUCUCAGGCUGGAUACCCGAUGUUGGCAAUGGAAGUGUUUUAAAAGAACCGGUAAGAAAUGUUCCAAAUGAUGCAGAUGAAGCUAGAAUGAGAGCUAUUACUCGAAACACAAUAGAGAGAGUAGGACGAGCAGAUAUAGAAAUAGCAUUUCUUCGUCGCAACACAAUAGGUAGUAUAACUUUAACUGGAGAAUCCACUACAUGGCCAAUCACUAACACUAUUAAACCAGAAGAUAUUUAA